AUGAGUAGACAAACAGUUGGCCCCGUCACCCCAUCGGGCACCGCCGCGGCGCCAUCUCGUUGUGUAUUGGAGGGCCGUUACACUGCAUUAAUUCCGUUGGAGCCCUCUCAUGCCGACCCAACCUGGAGACACCUCGGCGGUAGCGCCAAUGGCCAUCUUUGGACAUACAUGUUUGGCGGCCCAUAUCUUAAACCAGAAGAAUGGAGAAAAGCCGUUGAAGGUUUCAGCAAGACGGAGGACCCAUUGUUCUACACUGUUCUCUCCGGUCCUCGCAAUGAUCCUCAAUCUGAGCCAGUUGGCCAAAUGUCCUUUCUCAACAUUGUUCCUGACCACCGAAGGAUAGAGAUCGGCAGUAUCAUAUUUGGUGCACAAUUGAAACAGACAAGAGCUGCUACGGAGGCCUUUUACCUUAUCAUCAAGUAUGCCUUCGACGACCUUGGAUACCUGAGAGUGGAGUGGAAGGCCAAUCACCUCAACAAGCCUAGUCUUGCAGCUGCCGAGCGUCUAGGCUUCGUGUUUGAGGGCAUUUUUAGGAAGCACAUGAUUCUCAAAGGAAGACGUCGAGACACGGCUUGGUUCAGCAUCACUGACGAUGAAUGGCCUCUUGUCAAGAAAGCAUUUGAGGCGUGGCUUAGUGAACAGAACUUUGACAAAGACGGGAAGCAAAUCAAAUCACUAAAGGAGAUCCGGUAA